GUCUUGUUCAUUGGUUCAAAUCGAUAAGCGGGCUUGAGAUCCCACACAUCUUUUUCCGCAAAGCCGCCAAAAUUCCUCUCUUGACCAAAAAAGUUGCAACCAGGAAGAAGCCAACCCAUUCCAGAACAACACAACAACAAUCACAAUGGCGAACCACCGAGUAACCUACCGCCGUCGCAACCCAUACAACACCACCUCGAACAAGACUCGAGUCAUCAAGACCCCCGGCGGUGAACUGCGGGCUCUGCACAUCAAGAAGCGAGGAACCGCGCCAAAAUGUGGUGACUGCGGUAUCAAGCUGCCUGGCGUCCCCGCCCUCCGACCCCGCGAAUACGCCCAGAUCUCCCGCCCCAAGAAGACGGUCCAACGAGCGUAUGGUGGUUCAAGAUGCGGCAACUGCGUCCGGGAUAGAAUCGUACGGGCGUUCUUGAUCGAGGAGCAAAAGAUUGUCAAGAAGGUAUUGAAGGAGCAGAGCGAAGGCUCUAAGAAGAAAUAGACCACCGUCGCCGUCUAAUGACUCUGGGAUGGAACGGUUCGGGCGGUCAUUGCUUUGGGUGUUCAGAGGGACAGGGCUGCAUGUUACGCGAACGGCGAAAAAAGCUGUUUCUAUUUCUAAGGCUUCUUCUCAUCGUCUAGGUGAUCGGAAUGAUACAUGCUACAUAAGGACACGACUGACAAGACUGUUGUGCCGACAUGACCCCUCGAAAUUGCGCGUUUGUGACAGGGGAGAAUUCGCUCAUCGCGGCCCCGAUCUCGGGGAACGGAUGUCUCCUUUGUGUCAUUAGAUUGACGUAAGAAUGUGAAUCCCAAGUUCAGCCCCGGGGGAGGUGAUUAGAGAUGGAAGUGAAGUCCACUUAGGUGCUCCCAGGAGACUCUAGGAAUAAGAGAGGGCCUAAGUGGCUAUAUAGGCCCCUGGAGCGCCCUGUAUACAUGCGUGCUCUCAGCACAUUGUGG